AUGGCGCGUGCAGCUGAACCAAUCCGCGUUGUUGUUACUGGAGCUGCUGGUCAAAUAGCUUACUCCUUGCUUUACAUGAUUGCCAGGGGAGAAGUUUUUGGCAAGGAACAAUCACUAAUUUUACAUCUGCUUGAUAUUCCGCCAAUGGCUGGAGUGUUAGAAGGCGUCGUGAUGGAACUUUCCGAUUGUGCAUUGCCUUUAUUGCGUAAAGUUGUGCCCACAACGGAUCCGCUGGAAGGAUUUAAAGAUGUUUCUGCAGCGUUCCUCGUAGGCGCUAUGCCCCGCAAAGAGGGAAUGGAACGCAAGGAUUUGUUAUCUGCUAACGUUAAGAUAUUCAAAGUACAAGGCGAAGCUCUCGAUAAAGUCGCGAAAAAAGAUGUAAAAGUGCUCGUUGUUGGAAAUCCAGCAAAUACCAAUGCCUUAGUGUGCGCCAACUACGCACCAUCUAUUCCACGCGAAAACUUCUCGGCUAUGACACGCCUUGAUCAAAAUCGAGCCGCAGCACAGAUCGCUUCAAAAUUCGGUGUCCCGAUUUCAAACGUAAGCAAUUUAAUUAUUUGGGGAAAUCAUUCCUCGACGCAAUACCCAGAUGCCAGCCAUGGAAAAAUACUUAUUGAUAAUGAAUGGAAAAAUAUUGUUGAUGCAGUUGGAGAUAAUUCGUAUUUGGAGGGUCCAUUUGUAGAAACUGUUCAAAAACGAGGAGCAGCAGUUAUAAGCGCUCGGAAAAUGUCGUCAGCCAUGUCGGCAGCAAAGGCUGCAUGCGACCAUAUGCAUGAUUGGUGGCAUGGCACUGCUCCAGGCAAAUUUGUUUCUAUGGGUGUGUUUUCCGAUGGCAGUUAUGGCUCGCCAAAGGACGUAGUGUUCUCAUUCCCAGUUGAGAUUAAGAACAAACAAUGGAAAAUAGUUGAAAAUUUAAGUAUCAGUAAUUUUGGUAGGUCCAAACUAGAUUUGACUGGAAAGGAAUUGGAAGAGGAAAAAAAGGAAGCAAUGUCUGUGUUGGAUUCGAAUUGACUAGCCG